GCUCUGUUCUGCUCUUACUUUUACUCCCCCCCCGCUGACAGCAGCCUUACAGUACACGUCAACUCUCAAGCUACUAAAGCACAUCGUCUGAUUCGGCUCUCGCAGGUGGACCUCGACAUGCCGAUAAUGCAAUUAGGCCUAUGUACGGAGUACAGUCUCAGCGAUCAGUGUGGCUGGUCGCUUCAGGGCCCCCGAGGCGAUCUCAUCUUAUGGAUCACCUUUUUUUCCCGCUUCGACGCCUAACCCAACGCAGGCGCUACGGCUGAUCUCCCGAUCGUGGAAUCCUGCAAAAACCACCAGAAAUGUCUGUCCUGGAAUCCAGCGCCCAGGCGCAUCCCCAGCCUGCCGUCUGGAGGAGCACCGCCGACGACGACUCGACGCUGCUGGACGACCUGGAUCAUGAGCCCAAGGUGCUCAAGUGGUACGGCGACUGGGAUGAGUGGCGGCGCGAUAUUCAGCCCUAUAUCGACGUCUUUAUAUGGCGAUACAUGUGGUCGGACAAGGCGUCAGACGACCUGCCUCCGUGCCCAAUCCCGCCGCAGGUCCAGCAGUUUAACCCUCACGCGAGAGACGUUUCGGAGCUCACCAAGGACGAGUUUGACGUGUACCACGACCAGAACAAGAUUUACUAUUCCAAGAAGCAGGAGUACGACCGCCGCAAUGAGAUGGUGGACAAGACAAAGGCGCUUAUUCUGCGCACCAUUGUCCCGGCCAAGGCAGAGGCGCUGGACGAGAAGCUCUCGCUGCGCGAGUGGAUGAUGGUUCUCCAAGCCACCACCGCCCCGACAUAUCGCCAGCGGAUUGAGAUGGAGCGGGUUCACUACAACAACGUGCUGGAGCGGUUCGACCUGGAGGGUGGUGAGGCGGACUGGGCCCACGAGUGGUACAGCGCCGUGACACGAUGCCACAAGCUGAACUUCCCGGAGACGCACUGCGGCACUUGGCUGCGGGACGUGGCCGACUGCAUCCUGCCGUACUCGCCGAACCUGUUUGAGAAGUUUAUGCUGGGGGCUGACAAGCUGGAUCUUGCUGCCAUUGAGUGGAGAAGCAAAGCAGAGGGGGCUAUUGAUUUCCAGAAGACGCAUAAAUGCAGCAACAGCAACAGCAACAGCAGCAACAGCAGCAACAAUAGCGACGGUCGUCGACGGGAAGAGCUUCAAUCUGAUAACAGCGACGCAGCAUCUGCCUCUGUGCAGCCGCAGCCUUUUCGGGACGACAAGGAAGUGGUAGAACUGGCCGCCGCCACACCCGCCGAAGAGGACCGGAUAUGGACGUUCCUAGAAGUGUACCGAGAGAUUCGCGACCUCGACUUUUCCGGAUCAGAAGCAGAUGUGGCACUCGACGACGGGGCCUCUUGGAAAGCGGAUGACUCCCCCUUGUGCCCGGCCUGCAAUCUCAAGGGCCACGAGCUGCGGCACUGCUGGUACGCGUUUGAAGAUCGACGGCCCCAGGGCGUGAUGCUGAGCCGGUCUCGCCUGCGCCGGGUGGAAAAGGCCAUCCGGACGGACAAGAACUUGGAGCAGAGGGUGGAAGAUAUUUAUACGGCGUUUACCGGAGGGCGGUUUUAUCAGCGACAGCUUAUGUUGGGCUCGACGCAGUCUACCUGGUGAUUCAUCUGAUGAUUGAGUGACUAUUUUUUUUUUUUUUUUUUUUUU